UAUAAUGCCACUGGGGUACAGUCUCCUGCUGCUUACUGCUACACUAAACAAUGGAGCGCCACAUACAAUGCUUACUACUAUAAUGCUAAGCUUUUUUUAGCUAGUCUUUUUGCACUAUUCACAAGGCAUCCUUCAAACCCUAGCUAUACCCCCCUCUUUUCUCUCUCUUGUCUCUUUUCUCUCUCUUGUCUUCAUUUGUACAAGUAUAAUUUUUGGGGUUCUUCACUUCAAUAUAUUCUGUAGACGUUACGUUUCUUCUCUCUCUUUCUAGAAAAAACUUGCAUGUACGCCAAAAAUGGCUUCAGCUUGCGUAAAUAAAAUGGGUAUGUCGCCGGAGAAGUUUCUAGAUUGUUCUCCGGCUGCGAAAUAUCACCAGUCCUUUGGUUGGCUAAGUCCAAGAAUGUCAUUCAGUAGGGACUUUCAGGACGAUGCUGCCGGCGACUCUUCCAAGGUUGCUGCCGGAGCAAAGCACACUUCUUCUUCUUCACCACAUAUUGAGAAGAAGAGUAGUGUUAAGGAUAAGGCAGAGGAAUUAGAUCCAGAAGUUUCCAAAGAUAUGGUAGCUGAUUUCGAGUUUCGACUUGAAGAUCCGGUGACUAUGUUGCCAGCCGACGAGCUCUUCUCCGACGGAAAGCUCGUGCCGCUGCAUCUCUCCAUGGUCCGCCCGACCACCACCACUAUUUCCGCCGGAGUUAGAUCGCCGGAUACACCACAGCUUCGAAUGAGAAAUGAGAUUUUGAUUUCGAAUGCAGAUCCGUACUUGUUCUCUCCUAAGGCGCCGAGGUGUACUACACGGUGGAGGGAGCUUUUAGGCUUGAAGAAACAGCAGCAGCAUCAAAACAACAACGCUAAGCAAGAAACACAGAGAACGUCUUCAUUACCUAGCAGUACUAGUGCUCAUAAAUCCUUGAAAAAUUAUUUUCAUCGCAGCUCUAAAUCCUUGAGCGCUUCUUUAGACUCGUCUCUUAACCAUCCGUUGUUGCAGAAAGACUCCGAUAACGAGUCCGUUUCAAUUUCUUCUCGAUUAUCACUUUCGUCCUCCUCUUCAGGCCAUGACCACGAUGAUCUUCCUAGGCUUUCCCUCGAUUCGGAUAAACCAAGCAAUUUCUCUGGAAAUGCAAUGACUAAUCCUCGCAGGGUACGAUUGGUGAAGCAUAGGGUAUCAUCGUCUGAAGCCGCGAGAGUGGGCCGAAGUCCAGUUCGUAGACAACCGGCCGCAGACUCUAGUAGUACUGUUACAACUCAUGCCCGAGGAGUCUCUGUUGAUAGUCCUCGCAUGAACUCGUCGGGGAAGAUUGUAUUCCACAGCCUAGAGAGAAGCUCAAGCAGUCCCAGCACCUUUAAUGGUGGGCCUAGGUAUAAGCACAGAGGAAUGGAGAGAUCUUAUUCAGCUAAUGUCCGUGUUACCCCUGUUCUCAAUGUUCCAGUUUGUUCCUUAAGAGGUUCUUCAAAAUUUGGAUUUCCUUUGUUUUCUUCUUCAUCCUCAUCAUCCCAACAGAAGAAAGAAGGCACAGGUUCUAAUUCCUAUAACACCAGGUCAAGAACAGAUCGCAUUAAGGAAUGAGAGUUUUAGGCUUAGAAAAGUCGGUAAUCCUCGCCCCUUUUUUCCGUUAGAUUUUUGAGGGUUGUGUUAUGGGUAUUUUCUUGAUUUUUCUGAUUCGACAGGCUUAGAAAAUUAUGUAAAUAUGCUCUUUCUUCCUUUUUGUUUUUGCUAACUCUGAUGGUGAAAGCUACUAAUGUUUUUGAAUUAUUCAACUUUUUGUGGGCAUUGAAUCUUUAUUAGUACUUUCAUAUGGUUUU